AUGGCAUCCAGCCUCACGUGUACAGGGAUGAUUUGGGCUCUGGUGUCCCUGCUGAGCGCAGCAGCUUCCUGCGUGGGCUUCUUCAUGCCGUACUGGCUGCUGGGCUCACAAAUGGAUAAGCCAGUGUCCUUCGGUACUUUCCGGCGGUGCUCGUACCCUAUUCGGGAUGAAGAGAGACAGGCUACGAUCAUGCUUGAGCAGUGUGGGCGCUAUGCAAGCUUUCAGGGUAUCCCAAGUGUGGAGUGGCGGAUCUGUACCAUUGUGACGGGCGUUGGAUGUGGCCUGCUCCUGCUAGUGGCGCUUACUGCGGUCAUGGGCUGCUGCAUAUCAGAACUCAUCUCCAGAACCAUCGGACGCGCAGCGGGGGGCAUACAGUUUCUUGGAGGUCUGCUCAUUGGUUCAGGAUGUGCUCUGUAUCCUCUCGGGUGGGAUAGUGAGGAGGUCCGGCAGACAUGCAGCAACAGCUCAGAUCAGUUUGAACUUGGUAACCAUAAACCAAACCCUAAUCCUAACCCUAACCAUAUGGUUCCUAUGUAAGUACUGGCACUUCUGAUUGGGCUGAGGCUGGAAUUUGGUGAGUUUGAAGUAAAAUUAUUUGAUGGAUGUAUAAUAUGUGUCAGGAGCAUUCACUUAGUAUCAUUAUCUCAUUUUUGACCAAGAUGGCUUUUAGCUGGUUUUGCAUCUGAACUCUUCAUAUUUAGUAGACUAAAAAAAUUUUUUCCUUGGGUGAGCAAUUCAUUGACAGCUUUUCAUUCACAUGAAAUCACCCACAUGCCAACAAACCAAUGAGAAUGUGAAAAAUAAUGACGAUUAAUAACAAUAGAGUGUAAAGCUGUUGUGGAUCCGCUCACCCUAAUCCCUCCAUAAGUGGCACAGAUUUGCAGAAAAUGAUUGUUGUUUGGCUAAUAAAUAUUUUAUGGACAGUUACAAAUGCAUUCCUUACAUUUUAUUAAGUAAGCUAUGUGUUCCACCUCAAAUGACAUGGGAAUUUAUAGUAUAAUGAUAGUAUAAUUAGAAAUUAACCACUCCGAACUCAUUCUUGGGAUUACUUGGGUAUUCAAAACAUUCAUAUUUUAUAUAGACUAAACACCACUGUUCGGAAUGUUCCUUAUUGGUGUGCCAAAUUUCACAGCUUGUUUCUGUAUCUUUCAUAAGCUCUGUAUCAAAUUAUCUGUCAUCAUACAAUUUCUUCAUAAACUUCAUCCAUCACACAUAUGAUCCUUUCAUUCUUUGACAUUUGAAGAUUUCAGAAGUUGCUUUCAGAAGUUCAUUCUGUCUGUUCAUUCUCUUUCUGUCUGACUCUUCUUUAGGCUCUUGUCAGAUUGGCUGGGCAUACUACUGCACUGGGGCUGGAGCCACCUCAGCCAUGUUGCUGUGCACUUGGCUCGCCUGUUUCGCAGGGAAGAAACAAAAGCAAUACCCGUACUAGAAGAACCAACCUCAACUACAGGCUGAACCACAGCAGGACGGAUGCCUUAGACUCACUGAAGCCCA